UUUGUUUUGUCCCCAAUGUGCCACUGAUCCCCUUUUCCUCUCUUUUUUUCCUCUCUCUCUCUCUCUUUUGCUGUCCCCUCAGUCACGCAUACAAAGGCAGCGCUGUGGCCGAGAGCAGUUCCAGUUGGCUCCCUGCCUGUUGAGAUGCUGCAAGAGGAAACACAGUGAAGGAGGUUCAUGCUGAUGAAAUUGAUCUGCUCAGUGAGCUCCAACCAGAGCCAUGGGGAGUAUCCAGACUGUCGGAGUGAGAGGGAAUCAGGAGGGGAGGCGUCUCUCCUGGUGUCUCCGCUGGUGGUGGCUGGGAUUGUUAUAGGACUGGUCCUCUUCCUCUCCUGCAUCACCAUCAUCAUCGGCAGCUUACGCAAGGACAGUCGACUCAGAAACCCACACUUUCGCGCCAGCUAUGGGCAAGAUGGUUUUUCCUACGGGGGCUCUGCGGGGGAACUGAGGUCAAGCUGUGUAGAGGACUUUUCUCCUGGUUUAGACAUUGACUCCUUUGGGGAGAAUCUUCCACAGAUUAGCAACCUGUAUCAGGACUCUCCACCACGCUAUGAGGAGUGUGUCGGACCAGAUUCCACUCAGAUCUACAUCCCAACCGAUGACCCGCCUCCCUACUCCCUGCUGGACCCCUGUCAGAGCCUGGCCGAGCCAGAACAGCAUCCCACACACUCCGGUCCAGAUGCCUCCCAGCGCUGUGGGGAGACGUCAGCCAGCGCUGCCUGGCCUUCCUCCACCUCCUCCUCCUCCUCCCACUAUUCCCUGGGACUGCAUGAGGGGGAGCAGCAACACGUUGCAUCUAUUUCCUUCCCCCUGGAGGCAGCACCACCUUACGAGGCAGUGCUGGCUGAGCAGGGGCAGCCCCUCCCUCUCAUGCCAUGUGACCUUAAUAAACACCAUUCGGAGAGGGACUACGGCGAAAACUCCCAGCAACUCCCAGCCGGCCAGAUCUCCUAAGACUAUUAAUUUGUUUUGCUCACCUAAGCUCUCAGCUGGCCCCUGGUUAUUGAAACUAACACUUUGCUAGGAGCAGCUGUGCACCAAACAGUGGAAAGCAACAAUGUGUGAACUUCUUCCAUACAGCUGCCAACAGAACAUAGGCACAGAAGCCGUGGGGAACCACUAUGCUGCAGUGGCAAAUUUGCCAGAAGAGAAACUGUUCGCCUGGUUGGUUGUUUUUUUUUUCCAGGUGGCUCAUCCAGAGAGGAUGCUCUGCCUGCUUCACUACAUGGUUCCUUUUUUUCCAGGUUAUUGUUUCGUGAAUUAGGAUGCUUAAAAG